GUCAAAUUGUAUGCUGUCAACAUCAUAGUCAUUCUUUUUUAUGAUUUUAUCGGUGAAAUCGCUUUGGCAUUGAUGAGACCAAGAUUCUCGAAAGUGCUUGUUAAUUUUUCGUUCUUUUAUUUAUUUUCCGUUUCUUAACAUGAUUGAAGGUCGCGCCAAUGAAUUACCCGACUUUCAAGUCUUUCAAACAGUAGUAAAAUACUGUUUGGUCAUUAUAAUCGUACCGGUUAUUUCAUUCUUCACUGCUAAGAUAGUACUUUUCGAUAGCAUUUUGCGAUUGGAUAUAACUACGAGCAGCGUAUACUCUGCCGUUGUGGCCGUCCUUGUACUGCAUGUGACUCUGGGUCUCUACAUUUACAAAGCUUAUGGUACAGCGGAUGCCGCACCGCCUGCGAAACCAGUGAAGAAGGAUUAA